GUCAGUAACGUUCGUCGUCUGCGAUGGGUAAGUUGUGGAGCGUUGUUUUAGGUGUGGCACUGUUCGCCGCGCAAGGUCAAGGGUGCGGCGAGCGUAAGGUGGACUAUGCGAAGCUGAUUCUGGGCGGUGAGGAUGCAAUCUCGGGUCAGUGGCCAUGGCAUGCGGCCAUCUUCCAUCGGAUCGAGCGUACGUUCCUGUAUCAGUGUGGUGGUGCCAUCAUCAACCAGAACACGAUACUAACGGCUGCUCAUUGCGUGCAACUUAACAACGGUGUCAUCACGGUGGAUCGUUUGUCGGUGCAGGUAGGCCGCACGUAUCUGUACGCAGCCGAAAGUCACACACAGGAACAUCAGGCCGACCGGAUCAUCGUGCACGAAGAGUACAGUGCGGCUCUGGUCCGGCACGAUAUAGCACUGAUCAAGCUCGCGACAGACAUCAAGUUCACGGACUACGUGCAGCCGGUGUGUCUGUGGGAACGUUCCAAGGUGGAUAUCGGUGUGUUGGUAGGACGCGUCGGGUCUGUGGUUGGGUUCGGAAUAACUGAAGUUGGCGAAGUAGCCGAUCGGUUGCGUGUGGCGUACAUGCCCAUCGUGGACUUCCAAACGUGUCUGGAAAGUAAUCGCAAUCUGUUUGGCCGCGUCCUGACGCGGAAUGUGUACUGUGCCGGAUUUCGCAAUGGAACAACGGUGUGUGGCGGUGACAGUGGAGGCGGCAUGUACUUCGAGAUCGAGAACCGGUGGUACAUUCGGGGCAUUGUUUCGUUCAGUGGACAGAACUGUCAGUCGGCAGACUUUGCUGGGUUUAGCGAUGUGGCGACGUACCUCGACUGGAUCAACCGGUACACGAGCGGCACACCGAACAGUCCGUAUUCGGCAACCGUCAUCGAUAAACAACAGCUGCUGUCGUUGGACAUCUGCGGUGUGAAUAAUUACCCCGGGACGGCCGAAGAUGGGAAACCAGUUUUUCAAGGUUACCCGUGGUUGGGUGUGAUUGAGUAUCAGCAGAUCAGCACCGGGCAGCGGCGUUUGCUGUGCCAGGGAACGCUAAUUACCCGCCGAUAUGUUUUGACGGCGGCACAGUGUGUUUCGCUGCCCGCGAACUCUUAUCGGCUCGCUGGUGUACGGCUGGGUGAAUUUGAUACGGGUUACGAUCCCGAUUGUGGCAUCGUUGAGGGUCGCCGAGAGUGUCAACCUCCGGUGCAAACAGUUCCAGUGGAGCAGAUAAUCGUCCACAGUGGUUUCAACAAUCCAGCGUUCGCCAACGAUCUUGCACUGUUACGCCUCCGGCAGCAGGCCAACGUUGACCAAGACAACAUCAAACCGAUCUGUCUACCCUUCUCGACCGCACUCAAGUCGCAUAAGCCUUCGUACUACAUCCGCACCGGAUGGCUAGCGAGAAGCUCCAGCACCGUCCUGUACCGUAGCUUUCCCAGCUCGAUCGAAUCGGUUGGCUGUCAGGAUGCGUACAACGAUCAGGAUGUACCGCUGGAAAAAACCUACGGCCAGAUAUGUAUCCGUCGAGACAAUCCGUCCACCGGUGUCUGUACGUUCAAUAUGGCCGCCACACCGCUACAAUCGGUGCAGGUGGUUGGCCCAAGCGAACGGUACGUCCUGUACGGAUUGCUCUCGUUCGGUCCAAAGCAAUGUCUGGAAACGUACCCGGACGUGUACACGGCUGUUGCACCGUACGUUGAUUGGAUCGUCUCAAACCUGAAGCCCUAAACCCGACACGCAGAUCCGCAAGGACGUCUCGCCUACCCUUGAUACACCUGCAAUUUGCACGCAUGAUUCAUUCGCUUACCGAAAUCAUACCGGCACGCGCCGCCGCCAGGUUGGUAAGAUAGAAGAGCAUCCCGUUCGGCGCCCAGAUUCCGACGCGAUCACCCUGCCGCAGACCGAGCUGUAGGAAGGAAGCCGCCAGACGAUCUACCUGUGCAGAAAAAGGAAAACAGAUGCGUUCAAUGUACACCGUGCCAUUCGCAAAAUGGUUGAUUCUCUAUGGGGCCAGUUGUAAAAGUUCGUCUCGCCGCCGACAAUCGUGUAAUUGAUGUUAAUUGGCUCUCUGGGCAAACAGAAGCAGCCGCCAAUUUAAAAUAGGGACGUACGGUAAGCGGCUUACCUUGUCUAGGACGGCGGCAUAGGUGAGCCUUGCGCCCGCUUCGUGACACGCUACGAUGGCCUCAUUGUUUGGGAACUGUUCCGCCGCCAGUCGAAGAUGUUGGCCCACGUUCCGAUAGACCAGAGGUUUACUGCCUAUGUGGUGAAUGUAGCUUUGCUGCUUCUCGUGCGUGCUCGGAGCAACCGUUGAUUGGGUGCGAAUCGUUUGCAGAAUCCUUGGUACAGUUUAAGGAUAAUUGAAAACGGAGAAAAAGGGGUUAUAGAUGUUUAUGAUAUCUUAAGGUGUUCAAGUUUAAAGAUUUGUUUCAAUUUAGCAAUAGGCUUCUUCUGCUUCUGCUUCU